AUGCAUGCAUGCCAGUACAGUUAAUAGACAGCUGGGAGAGCUUGGAAUUGUUUGAAGUGCUGCUUUCCUCUACUUGUAAUUUUUAAAAAUAUGUAUGUAGGAAGAGAAACACAUAUAGUGAAGAGUCAGAGCACAAUAAACCUAUCUUCUCUUUAAGGAAGAGUGCUUCUCAAAUAUGAAGGAACAAUAAAGUUAUCUUGUUUGCUUUUUGGUUAGAAAUCUAUUUUGUCCCAUGUAUGACUGCUAAAAACGUUCACUUUCCCUCUAAUUUUCUUUCACUAGAAUUUUUUCAUUCCUUUAAAUUAGGGUUUUUUUUUCCCCAGUCUUCUGGGAUUUUCAGUUUACAAUGUCUUAUACCUCAUUUUCCCUAUAGUUGUUCUUGAAACUUAGAAAUUUCCAUUAUGUGAUUCCUUUAACAUGCUGAUGAUAAUUUCCAUAUAAUGUUACAAUUGUGUGUAUGAAAAUAAGGGUGUCAGAGAACCCCCAAAAAGGAACCUGGCCUCUUAAGAGAUGCUUUUUCUGUUGGAAGUGUUUCUUUGGCACUUGAAGUUUGAGUGGUCAUUUUCUUCCUGGGCAUUGUCUCAGCUGAAGGUAGUUAUGAUGUUACAAGGAACAUGGUUGUGGGUAUGAACUAGAUUUGCCCUUUUGAAAAAACAUAGGAUCUCAGUCCUGACAACUAUUUAUCAGUUGCACACAAGAUUAAAACUUUGACAGGUAAACUGACUAGAAGGUGAGCUUAUAUAGUUUUUUUUUUCUAACAAGAAGGAUCUCAGUGAUCUCUUUGGUGCUGAACAAAACCAACACGAUUCAUCAUUGUCUUACUGCAAUAUUCUCUGUUUUCAUAAGAGUCAAUAGAAUGGGCAGUGAAAUUUAAUACAUGCUUGUGUUGCUUGUAUAUACCAGAAAACACUUUGCAAGUGUUGGCUUUGACUGGACAUUUUAAUGCGAAGGUAAAAACAAGCAACUGAACGUAGAUAUUAUUAGUAAUGAAGUAUGUAGGUCCAACCUGGGCAAUUUUAGUACUGAGGGAAUACUCCUGUCACUGAGUACUACUUGCUGUUGUAGAAACCUGGAAUAAUUGUACUAGCAAUUGUUAAAGGAUUGUUUAUCCAUUCAAUAAUGCUAAGGAAGUCUGGCUUUACUCAGUCUUAGAAAACAAGAUUUUAUUGAUACUGUGUUUAUUGAUAUUAAUGUUUUAUGUUAGGCUCAUAAAUGCUUCCUAAGUUCUUGUUAAUCCUUAGUUUAGAUAAUGAGAUAGAAUGGUUUCCAUCAUUAGCUAACAGUAGGCAAAUUGUAGCCAGUAGCUGGUGCUAUUCUUAAAGGAUUUAGUAUUCUUUAAAACAAAAUCCUGUCACUCAUUUAAGCAGAGCGAAGAGUCCUUUCUAUACAUGGCAGUAUCUAAAAUGUACUAUGCUGAGGUGAUUUUCUUGUACAAAGAUGUACAUGUAGUGCAUCUCAAGUCAUGACAGACUCAAUUACAUCAACAUCUUGUAAAUGCUGACUGACUUCUGUCUUCAUGUCCCUAAUCCAAAAUUCUUUUCUAUAUUUUUCAUAUGAGCUGUUUAGCGUGAGAAACCUGUGUCACUGUGAAUGCUUGGGGCUUGUAAAAAUUGGACAACAACUACUUGUCUAGUGAAUAUAAUAACUUCCAAAAAUGUCUUAAAUGUCAGACUUUACUGGAACUUUUGUUCAUAACCAAAUGCCUUUUUUUGAUGUCUGCUCAAAACACUUGGGUAUUUCUCUCCUGUUUGCUUAGUGGUGACAGAAUGGGCAGUUUUCAGUGUUUAAAGAUGAGCUAAGAGAAAGUGUAGUAGAGUUUGCUGCUAGCCUUAAAAGAGCUUUGUUCCAUGUUCUGCUUUCCCAUGUGUUUUCCAAUGUUACCUUAGACAAACAGGCUAAUGUGUGAUUUAGUUGUGUUAACAAUAGUUACAACAUAGAAGUUCUACUUCCCUACCAGUGAUGGCUUUCUCUUGCAUUUUUGAUUACUAUUGCUUUCAUUGGUAGUACUAAUUACAUGACCUGUGUGAAAGUACAAAGACAAGAUAAGUAAUUUUUAUUGCUGCAUUUUUUGCGCAUGUGUAAUUAGUACUGGGACCAAAGGUCCUUAAAACAAGAACAUUAGACUUACUGACUGGCUAGAACCAACAUCUCUUGCCUCAAAAGCAUUGUUAGAGUCUCCUUUUUUGUAGUUUAAGUCCUUUACAUAAAGUCUAAGGAUAACCCUGACUCUAGUUACAGAGGAAUGAUAUCAGCUGGAACAAAGUCAUUGAAACCUCUGACAAAAACAUGAUGUGUUCCUUGGCAUGUUCAUAAUCAUCUGGAAGAGAGUGCAUUUGUCCCAGCGGGAGCUCUUCAAGUAGUAGGAAAGCAAAACACUUCUACUGGCUUUUCAUGGAUGUGGUGGGAGAAAAUGAGGCCUUGCAGCAGUUCUUUGAAGGUAAGACUAGUUUCAAGAGAAGCCUUAACAAUUUUUAGUGUCAGCAAAACCAAUAAUUGUUUGGGGGUAACUGAGGAAGAAAGGAGGAGGAAAAAAUGCUCUGAGAGCCAAAGCUGUGUUUACACUAAGUUAUUGUGGAAGCCAGUACCAGUAUGAUUACAAAUAGUACAGAUGUGCUGCAGUGCCUUUUUCUUUGUGCUCUGGCCAGAAUACCAAAGGGAAGGCACACCCAGCAAAGCCUGCAGUAUGGGCAAGGAAAUUGCCUUGAAGAAAAACUGGGAAGUUCCUGAGGACUCAUUGCAGGGUAACACUUCUGAAAUCUUAGUGAUUUUCACGGGGUUAGAGAUCUCACUUCCUUCUCAGUUUUAGCAUGUCAGGUUAAGAGGGUUUUCUUACCACUAACUGAAAUGGCCUGAUUGUAACUGGUAAAAUGUUAAUUGUGCAGUAUCCUCAGGACCUUUCUGAGGAGUUAAACUUGGAUAUUUUUGUCUUUUGGCUGGGAUCAUCUGUCUUGCCUUUUUCUCCAAGACAUUUUCUAUUCAAGCUGGUCUAAUUAUUUUCAUCAUUUUCUCUUACUGCACAAUUCACUUCCUAAUAGAGUCCAUAAUAAAGUUGCAUUUUUAGACUCUCUGAUAAUGUGUUCAAAGGUUUUUUACUUUUGUAUUUUUUUUACUAUUUUUUUCUUUCCCUUCCUCCAGUUUGCACUUUGCUUUUUGUUUUUAAUAUGUAAACUGUUCUAUUCUAAUCUACUUUUGUUGUAUUUGUUUUCAAAUGCAGGUAUUCACUGAUCUCAAAGUAAUUUGGGAAACUUCCAAGUUACCUACUUGGGAAAAUCACUCUUGUGAUUGCUUUCUGUGUUAUUCUUUUCCCUGCCCCUCUAUUGGCCUGGGUGAGAGGUGGCAACUAUAAUUUUUAAAUUUUACUUUCAAGCUCAGACAUUAAAAAAAAUUGAUCAAGGAAAUACAUUUAAGCCAAGAAAUUCAAAUUGGUGAGCUACAAUCUAGGGCUAGUAACAAGCAAAUAAGUGUUGUUUAUAGAUGGUAGGAAAUUCAUACCACGUUCCUUAAGUUCAGUUUACAUCAUGGAGUUGAAAGGCUAACAAACUUUUUUGGCUUUGCUUUCAGCAGCAUAAUACUUGUUUUUAUCAGGCUUUUUUUUUCUUUUUCUUUCUUUUUUUUUUUUUUCUUUUUUACUGCUCCAUUGCAUACCAGUUAAAUAUCAAAAUAGUGUUGAAUACAAAUUAUAUUACAAAAAAGCACAUUUUUUAGGAAUCCUCUUUGAAAACAUGACUUUCUAGGGGAGUAUAGGUUAGAUUCUGUUGACUUUUGUGACAAUGAUACUCUGAUAGUAGAAGCUGUGGCAUGGAUUUUAGCUGUAUAAGCUCUUUAAUGAGAAUUACUAAUUUUAAUUAUAUAAUUCUUACUUCAACUCUUUUUAGAAGAUCUUUUGGUAGUUUGUGCCAGGGUGAGAAGCCCUGUUGAUUCCUUUUAAUUACAGGACAAACAAAACAUCUUGGGAUGUCAUGUCCCUUCCGUAAUAUGUGGUUCUGCUGUGUUCCAUCAGAAUGUGACAAAGGUCUGCUAAGGCCAUACAGCAUGCAGUGAUGCUGAUAGAUGGCUGAAUUUCAUUAUCUGGACACGGAUAUGUGUCAAGGCUGCAACAGCCAGUCAUUCAUUCAGCAUGGAGUAGGCUCUCUUGCUUUUAUAAACCAUAGGUAAGUCUGAAAAGGGAGCAAGCUGAAGUAAAGAGGUGGUUAGCCCUCUUUUCAAGCAGGGGUUAUGUUUACUGAGCACAAUGCCAGUUUUAAGUAGUGGCAUCUCUGCAGCUGAGUACUACAGCUUGUGGGCUGGCUUUGUAACACCUCAAUGAGGCAAAACCUCAUGAAGCAAGUGUCAUAAAUUGCUAGUGUUGAUUUGGUGGUCUCUGUGAUUAGUCAUAGCAGUGUUAGAACAUGGUUUUCAAGGCUAUGAAAAACUGGAUCUUGUGAUAUCAAGUGGAGAAUGGUGCUAUCGAGUGGUUCCUCAGUGUUCAGUUUUGGCUUACAAAUGCAUCAGCUGGCCGUUAAGGAAUCUAUUGAUCUGCUUGGUAAAAUUAUUUGAAAUUCAUGAACAAAAAGAGUCCCCUCUGCCUUGUGCUUUAGCUCCUUACAGUCCAUAUUUGUUUUGACACUCACUAGUAAGACAAAAUUGCAUCUGCAGUAUUGUGAGGGGACAGUCUGAAACAGGAUUUUUUUUCUCAAGGAAAGUGAGAUAAUGUUUGUUUUCCUGGCAAUCACUUCUUUGAAUAGUUGACAGACCUUUUAGAUUAGAUAUGACUCUGGGAUUUGGCCGUGGCUUUUUUUCAUUCAAGUAAAUGGCUUUUGUCUAGUGUUGCUGGGAAGUUCUAAUUUUUUUCUGUUUUAUUUCACUUGCACAUUGGAGAUCUCAUCGUUGAUGUAGGUUUUUUCCCCUAUUAUUCUUGUUGAAAUGAGUAUUUAUAAUUAAAACAUUCUGCAUUUUAGAGUCUGUAAGUUCCAGUUUGUCAAAGGAAGGUCAGAGCUCCUGGUUAACUCUUCCACCUGUGUGUGGCAGAACAAUCUGUUCUUGCUGAUGUUAUCAGUGAGAGAUCUGGUAGAAGGUCAGCCUAGUUACUGCUGAACUUGGUCAUUUCUGUUGUAAGGUACUUUGAGGUGUCUGAAAUGCAUGUGUUUUGUCUGUGAUCCAAAGAAAUCUCUUCCUUAGUGGAACCAUCACUUCUCUGUAUACUCAUACUUCCGCAUGGGUAAUACGGAACAUAGAUUAGAGUUUGUGGUAAAUAAUGAAGCCACUGAAGAAACAUGCCCUUAAAAUACAAAACACUUAAAUCUCAGAGGUGCCACAUACCAUUUUAAGGAUGAGAGCUUGAAACAGGAAUAAAAGAUGAAAUGAAAAAUAUAAAAUAUUGAUGGUAAGAUUUGUUUCUACAGAAAAUGUUACUUUGGGGAAAAAUGUCUAUCUUAACACAAACUCGCUCCUUACAGUUUGGAGUCUUUCUGAAGUUGAAUAACCUAGGCUGUGAUACCUCCUGGCUGGCUGCAGCUGGCUUAUAGUUAUAACCCUGUAGCUCUGCAGCUUGUGCCAAUGACAGCAGGUCUGUGCAAGUCAUAUUGAGCUGGACUUUUGUACACAAUUUAAAUGGCAACCAGUCUUGGAGUCCAUUACCAUGAAAGAAGGGCCUAUAAGCCCCAUCAGUAAUACUUACCUUAGUGUAAGUCAAUGAGGUUCAGCUGGACCAUUGAACCUGUAUAGUGGAGCUCAUAAAGUGCUGAAGCAUCUUUAAAAUACCGUUUUCAUGGUAAAGUGCCUUUAGGUGGAAAUCAGUUAUUACUUCUCAAGCAGAAACAUAUCCCUCAAGUUGCAAGGCUUUGUAGCAAAUGUGAAUUUGUCUGUUCAGCAAGCAAGUAUUACUAAACACUGACCACGUUCUCUGUGCUGUUUUUACACCUUGAGCUGUAUAUAAGGAUUGUUUCCUGUGUAAAGCAGCUGAUCUUUUAACACUGAUCUUACUAUAGAUAGCUGGACUUGGCUAGGAGUUUCCUGGCAUCCUCUUCUAAUGUCAGGAAAUUAUUAGUUUAGUAUUGAUUUUUAGUCAAUACUAUUUGUCCGCCAUCCUUCACUUUCCAUUUAGAUACCACUGAAAAAGAGGCAGCCAAUAUAAAUGCAGCUACUACAUGAAAGUAUUCAGAGAAUUGAUCAAGGUAGGUUUUUCAGGGAUUGAGACUUGGUCAUAGGACCAUAUAGUCAAGCUGAGAAGCCAGGUGAUGAGAACCUCAUGUGUGGAGGAAAGAAGGGGAUGUCUGCCAAAAACUAACUGCCAAAUUAAUAGGCUGGAAUUCAUACUUCUCCUUGGGGGCCUGUGGCCAGGUAUUAGGGACAGGCUAGGUGAGAAUGGACAGGAGACAGAAGACAGUGGUAGUACUGACAGGUUUUAGACUUGGGGACAAAACAACAGAAGUAUCAAGCUUAAGAAGAAAUGAGAGAAAUAUAUAAUCAUACGCAGCCUGUGACUGCUGUGUGUGUUCUGCAAACUUCUGUGUGCGAACCCCCUGCCAUGGCACUGCCUCGUCCUUUCAUCUUCAUCUGUUUGUUGGGUAGCUGGUAGUCCUCUGCACAGUGACACCAAAGUUGAAUGUGUCACUCAGUGCAGACUAUUCCAGAGAUGUCUGGGCACAUUGCAGCAUAAACUGAACUGCAAGCAGAGCCAAACUGAUGACUGAGGCUGCUGACUCCACAUAUCCUUCAGCAACUCUUAGUCAGGCUCGUGGUUCUGUGCUUCACAGAGGCCUCACCACAGGGCUUGUCCUGCCACAUAAACACAGUUAGUUCUCUGCUCUCACAAGCACGUAACACCCAGGUGAGUGACUGUACUGUCUUGCUUGGUGCCCAUAUCUGUUAAGUUCUUACUGUGAUCAAAUGCCUGUGAAAUGGAUGCCACCAUUUAAAAUAAAUUUGCAUAUGAUCCAAGAGGUCCUCCUCUGCUGAAACAGAUGCUAGUACAAGCACAUGAUGCCACUGACCUGGAAGGUACAUUAACAGAGUUCUACAGGGCAGCAAAAUGUGCCCACUCUUCCGUGUACCUCCAUCACAAACAUUCAUUAGUGGUGACCUGUCUUCCUGGUGUACUUCCUUCCUCUCCCAGCACUGCUUAUUCUUUCAUUCUCCUCCUCGCCAUUUAGCUGUUCAUGCAAAGUGGAGAGAUUAAGCAGAAAUGAUAGAUAUAUUUCUGUUACCAUCACUUAACAACAGAGCUAAUCUCUGAACUGUGAGAUGUCCACUUGAAAUACCUUUGAACUGUGGGAUGUCCCCUUGAAAGACCUUCACCAUGCUUGAUUUAGAGUUGUAUUCUUUGAUUCAAAAGAGCCUGUCUCUGAUCUUGGUCAAAAUAAAGGAUUCUUGGUUGUAUGGUACAGGAAAAACAUUUUGUAUUUGCCUUGUGGCCUCAAGUUAGUAAUGAAAGUAUAUCAUUCUUCAUGAGGGUUUGGUGGUUUGAACAGGAAGAACAGGUGGGGUAAAAGAAGAAGAGAAGAGAAUAAUUUUCCUGUGGACUACAUUAGUAAAAGGAGAAAGAUUUGUAAUUCAAGAUAGGGGGGCCCUACAUUCCGGCAUGAAGAAUGAAAGGAUGAGAAUCCAGCAGGUUUGAGGAAGGCUGCUAAGGAAACCCAGGCUCUUUUGCACUCUGUAGCUGGUUUUGCAAAGCGAUCUGCUGCUGCUUCCAGAAUUUGUGUUUUCCAGGUUUGCUAAGCUAGUGGGCUGCAUCUAUUGAAUCUUUUCUCUGGUGUGCGUGGGACAGUUUUGUUUACAACAUCAAUACAUUGAUGCGAGGAUCUAUUAGUAGCACACCUCCAAGUUGCUGUCCCCCAGUGAAAGGCAGUCAAAAUUAAGCUUACAGCACCAACAAGUAAACAAUACCUAGAUUAAUCUGUGAUCACAAAGCAAUUUGAGAAAUGUUUUUUAGCAAUAUGGAUUUAUGUAAGGUGGUGGAUUUUUAGAUCCUGCUUGCAUGAAUAUCCUUUCUAAACGCUGGAUCAAGAAGGAACAGUACCAGACAAAGACAGCAGAGAAGGAGCUGAAGAUACAUUAGGGUGAGUGUCCUAUGCAAGGUAGUACAGUGAGAAGGCAGCAAAUGCACCAAAGGCAGUGACUACUCCUUGGCUCAGAGGCAGAGAUUAACCUUUUGUAUUCUCACGUGCUGCUGCCAAGCUGGGGGGACAUGGUUGAUGUCAGACUCUAGGGCUGAGCCUCACAUCUUUGGCUGUGUGGGCUGGUCCAUUUUAUCAUGCAUGUGGUGGGACAGAAGCACUUGCAGCUCAAGCAGGAAUGUCAAGGUCCUUAUCUUGUUUGCAUUCUGACUGGCCACACCUGUAUUUAUGGAAGGCUUGAUGCAGAGGUGGGGAGCCUGCAGAGUAGGGCUGCUUGGCUGGGUUUUUUAAUGAGUGCUCCUUGACUUUCUACUAAAGUUGUCAUGAAUUCCGGAAACUUUAUAAUCAUAAAAUCUGUUUAUAGCCUUCAGUUACUAAGCAACACAGGACAAAGUACUGAACUUUUCUAUUCGCUAAUACAUUUAACAUGUUAGUGGGCUGGUUUUUUUAGAAUAAAAGGAAGCCACCAAUCAAAUAUUUUAAAAGCUUUAUUUGGGCUUUAUUUAAACUCAGAUGGUGGAUUUUUAAAUGGAGUUUUAGAUCAGAGAUUCAUCGCAGUACUUGCGAGUACUAAUGCACCAAGUGGAUCUGUGUGAGACAAUAUCUGAGCUUCAACUCAAAAAACUGUUUAGACGUCAAUGUAAAGGAGUUGGAAACUAUCUUCAAAACCCCUUUUCUCAGUUGCAGACUGGAGUCUUCAUCCUCCUUCUGCAGUAAUUCCCUGAAGCCUUAAUGCCAGGCAUUCAGUGGUGUUUGCCUGGUGCUGCACUGUCAUCUGCAAUGCCCCUGCACAUUGUUAAUUACUCUGCAUUUCUUAUCAUCCUUUUUCCCAGAGUGACUAAACCAGAAGCAUAACACUUUUGUUACAUAUGAGACAGGACAGAUUUGGUUUUCCUUUGUGUAGGACCAUUGGCAGCAUCACUUAUUCUGCAACACUGACAAUUCCCUCUGAAUUUCUGUAUUUUUUACUUUUAACCCUAGGGCAAGAUGUCCAUGGAGCCUUGGAAAGUCCCAUGGUGGAUACAAGCCUUUUGGAAGAAUUCAUUAGUAAUGACAUAGAGUUUGGAACUUUGCAAAGCCAGUUGCCAGACUCCCCACCGGACUCUGGCUCAGAACCGUGUUCCCCACCACAACUACAAACCCCAUGGUGUGAUGCUGUGUGGCCCAGUGGGCUGCAGCCUCCGCUCCCGUGCCCAUCUUUUGGGGCACCCAGCAGGCUUCCCUGCAGGUUCAUGGAGACUUACCCUGACCCCAGUGCCACGGGGUAUCCUUGCGCCAUCUCCCAAGGCUGCUGUCUGAAGACAGAAAAGACUGCGACUCCAUGGAAUCAUUCUACAUCCUCCAGCUGUUCGGAUUUUAAUUAUUCAUACUUCCAGCCUAAUGCAUCUCAGAUUUCUGGUAUUUCUGCAGUAUCAAGCAAAAAAAGGAAGCUUUCCCAAUUACUAGGAGAUGGGAUUGAUUCUCCAGUGCAGUCUCAGGAGUCCAGACAAGCAACUGUAAAGGACUGUGCUGCUGAAGUGCAAGAAUAUGACAGUGAUGGACAGAAUGCAGCUUUGGAAAAAUUCUGUCAAGCUCUUACAUGGCAACCAUAUCAAACUUCUCAGUGGAACAGCUUAUUUGACUCCAAUUAUGAAAAACUACCUGCUGUAGGAUAUCACAUUGUCACAGAUAAAGGAUUUAAUUUUUCAACAGCAGAUGAUGCCUUUGUGUGCCAAAAGAAGAAUCAUUUCCAAAUCACAGUUCAUAUUAGAAUCACUGGACAUCCAAAAUAUGUCAAUACUCAGCAGGGGAGGAAACCAAUAGAAAAGUUUUACUUGAAAACUUACGGAAUUAAGGUGGAAGCUCCAAAUGAAACAAUUGCUAUUGAACAGUCUCAAUCAGAUCGAAGCAAAAAAACUUUUCAUCCUGUUAAAGUUGAUCUGCCAGGGGACCAGAUAACUAAAGUAACACUGGGACGGCUGCAUUUCAGUGAAACAACAGCAAAUAAUAUGAGAAAAAAGGGGAAACCUAAUCCUGAUCAGAGAUACUUCAUGCUGGUGGUUGGACUGUAUGCUGUCUCUCAGGACCAGUUCUACUUACUAUCUGCAAAUGUCUCUGAAAAGAUUAUUGUGAGGGCAUCUAACCCAGGGCAGUUUGAGAAUGACAGCGAUGUACUGUGGCAGCGAGGGCACGCUCCAGAGACGAUAGCCUAUCACGGUCGCGUAGGAAUUAACACGGACACGCCGGACGAGGCGCUGGUAGUCUGCGGAAACGCCAAAGUGAUGGGCAGAGUGAUGCACCCCUCUGACAGCCGAGCCAAACAGAACAUCCGGGAGGUCGACACAAAUGAGCAGUUGAGAAGAAUAACACAAAUGAGGCUGGUGGAAUAUGACUACAAGCCCGAAUUUGCAUCUGUUAUGGGAAUAAAAGAUACCCAUGAAACAGGAAUAAUAGCCCAGGAAGUGAAGAGGCUUUUACCUGAAGCUGUUAGAGAAGUUGGAGAUGUUGCUUGUAAUGAUGGAGAAAAAAUAGAAAACUUCCUCAUGGUUGACAAGGAUCAGAUCUUUAUGGAGAAUGUUGGUGCUGUAAAGCAGCUUUGUAAACUAACAAACAAUCUUGAAGUCAGAAUAGAAGAACUGGAACAGUGGAAUAGGAAGCUGGCCAGGCUGAAACGGAUCAACAGUUUAAAGUCAACAGUCAGUGAAGAGAGCAAAGUCAGCAGGUAUAGUCGAGCUAAUAGUCUCUUGCCAUCAAUAAAAUCAGUCCCACUAAAAUCCAGGAAGGUUUGUUUAUCAAAGACCAAAGAAUCUUGCUCUGUGAAGAUUUUCCGGGUGACUAUAAUAGCUUUGAUUGCUAUUAUGGCACUAUGUGCUUUGACAAUAUGGAGCCUAUAUUUACUUAGCAUUCAUGACAGCCGUUUUGAAAAACAUCCAGUUUACAGCAGUACCUCAAGUUCUGUUCCAGUCUCUCCCUCUACUACCACAGCAGCAUUGCAGAGUGAAAGCACAGUUUCUCAGACCACACAGCCCAUCAGCAGGAUCCCUGAAGUGAAUUUCUGUGACAUUUUCCCUUGUGACAAGGUCUAUUGUUGUCCAAUUCAUCAACCAAAAAUUAAAUCUCUGAGUUAUGAAAAAAAUAAUGCAAAGGAAAAACGAAACAAAAGCGACAUGUUAAACAAACGAGAUCCCGUCAAAAAACCUGGUGGGAGACCUGAUCUUGGAAAUGACUGGAUUGAUACAACAAUCAGUUCCAUACAGAUUUUGCAAACUCAGCAAAGCAUUGACAACCGCUAUUGUAGUAAAAAUCUGCAGUGCAGCUCUGGAAACUACAGCUAUCUUAUUCCUAUUAAUAAAUACACACCCAUGGAUGUAGAAAUCUCACUGGAAAUAAACACCACAGAACCAUUAAUUAUAUUUCUCUGCAAAGUCACAUUUGGAAAUUAUUGCUCUCAUUAUUCUUCAAGCCACAACACAAGGAAGAAUUUCCAGGAAACCACACAGGGACGCCAGCACGUUUGGGCUCUCCCUGUAGCUAAGCUGUAUGACAGCGCGUACUCUUUCCGCGUGGCCGUGCCGGGUUUUGCUAGCUGCUCAACAGACCGUUACUUUGCUGGAAUUUUUUUUACUGAUUACUACUUCUACUUUUAUCGGCAGUGUAAUUAAAACGUUGCCAAAUAUUCUGUUCUUCGGGGAAAAGAUGAGGAAACGCUUAAUAUGAAAAAGAGACUUGAAAAUAAUCCUGGAUAUUUUUUAAACCACUUUCUGGGUUGUAUGGGACUUUCUUGGUGUUUUUCACUUUUAAAUUAUAAAAAAAAAAGUAGGAAAAUAAAGUGUUAACAACAACCAUAGCUCUGCAUUUCCAGAAACUGUUUCUAAAAGCACAUGAAGUAAUGGAGUAUAUGUUGUUGUUGUGGGUGGAAUGGGAGCUUCAAAGCUUAUUAGAGAAGCCUUCCCAUUGAGUUACAAGGUGCAGAAUUACCUCUGCCUUUCUAAACUCCUCAGAGAGGAGUCUGGGUGUGGUUGGAUCCAAUCUUAGCCCCAGACUUAGUCAAUGGUUUAAGUCUAAGGAAUUAUACACAUGUGAUUGAACCUUUGUACAAUUUUGUCAUGCAGAAUUAAGGAUAGCAAGCCAGAUGUAUAAAAAUGAAUGAUUUUUUAUGAUAAAUGUUUAGACAAAAAGAUCUUAACCAGAAUUACUACAUGGUAUAGAACACUACUAAUAUAGUAUAUGAUAAUGUACUAUAUUAAAGCAAUGAUAUUAAAGUUAUCAAAAACCAGAAACAAUUAUUGAGUAGAGAUCAAUGUUACUCACCCAUACCAA